CGCAGCCAUAUUCAACUUUCUCGUUUCAAGGAUGAUCGUCUGUAAUCGUAAUAAUUUUUUGCGAAUUACGAUUGUUUUAAUUAUCGUAACCUUCAGUGAAGAACUUUCUGUACGAAGAAUUCCGAGAGUAAAAAGGGAAAUUGAUCAAACAAAAAUAAAUGGAGACGAUGAACCGGCUCCCAGGGAACACGAGUACUUCCACAAAAACGAUAUUGGCCAUCUUAAUGAUUAUUAUCAAGAACGUAUGAAAUUAAGGGAACAAUACAAUGCAAUACAAAAAUCUAUCCAAGAAAAAACAUUUCAAAAUACCACAAAUCACAAGGAUGAUCCAAAAAAAAGCUCUGUUGAUAAUAAUGGUCCUAUGCAAAAACGCAUUUCCCCAAAUCUCAAUUCUUACGACACUUUUCAUUCUCUCAAACCCGGACUAGAGGAUAUCAAUAUAGCUUCACCAGGUCUAGGGCCCAAUGGAAAUGCAACAAAGACAAAUUUCAAUUCUACAGUUGAGAUUGACAAUUCUGAGCUUGGAUCACAAAACAAAACCUACGUAAAGUUAGGAAAUUGUGAGGGUGUUGUAAUUUAUCAACAAAAUAUUGAUAUCAUAGGUGCUAAUUAUGAUGCAAUAAAUGGAUAUUCGGUGGAUGUAAAUUUCGAAGGAAUAUGCAUUACUUGCAUUGAAAUAAUUUCAAAGAAUGAAGAAGAAGUCAAAGUAAAAAUAACUUCUGGAGGUCCUGGAAAAGGAGAGACAUCUUUAAAGUUUGAAGGGAUUGAUAAAAACAUGAAUCUUUCGUAUCAGCUAAAAGUUUGGGGAGUAGGAAGAGAUUGUUAAAAAAAAGUUUGAUAUCUUAUUAGAAUUAUUUUAUUAUUUUAACAUAAAUGUAAUUUUAAGAGAAUUUUGUAAUUCUGUAUAAG